AACGACAGCAAUAGCAGACGUUAUCAUCGACCCAAAACGAAUUCAAAUUACAGAAAGUGUAGGAAGUGGUAAUUUUGGUAAGGUUUACAAGGGCGUUCUGGAUGGCGACCAAAUCGUAGCCGUCAAGUCCAUUCAAGACAUUGAAAAUUCGAAGCAGGUGAACGACUUCGUUCGGGAAGGAUUACAAAUGAAGGAUUUCCAUCAUCCGAAUGUGAUGGAAUUGAUCGGCAUCUGCUGGGUGAAGCCGCACAGUGAUGCUCUUCCACUGUCCGUUCCACUGAUUGUGUUGCCAUACAUGGAGCUCAGGGAUUUAAAAACCUAUUUGAGAAAAAACAGACCAGAAAAACGUUUGAAUGAGAAGGGUAACACAAUCAGUCUGGUUCAACUGCUCAAGUUUGGCCAUCAGAUUGCAAGAGGAAUGGAGUAUCUGUCAAACACUGGGAUUAUUCAUCGGGAUCUUGCUGCAAGGAAUUGCAUGAUCAAUUGGGAUUUGGAGAUCAAAGUUGCCGACUUUGGUUUGUCUCGUAUGAUGGAAGGAAAGGAUUAUUACCGAAUGCGACAUUUUAGUUCUUUACCAGUGAAAUGGAUGGCUCCAGAAUGUCUAAUUGAUCUGAUUUUCACUACAAGUUCCGAUGUUUGGUCAUUUGGUGUAACUUUAUGGGAGGUGAUGUCGUUGGGUCAAGUUCCCUAUCCGGGAGUUGAUAAUCAAGACAUUCUUUCGUAUGUGCAACGAGGGAAGGGAAGAGACUGAAAAAGCCCAGCAAGUGUCCGGAUAGAGUGUAAGUUGUGAAGCAAAUGUGAACUUGAUUCUGUAGACGUGUGCUAUUGUUCUGCUUGUGCGUGU